AUGUCAAGCGUCAAAGAGGAGUCAAAGCCGGUUGUCAGCAAAGCCGGCAAGAAGAGAGUACAUCGGCGACAACGAGCGAAAGAACAAGGAACGGCGGACAGCGAUAGAAGCAACGAUGAAGAUGAGUCUGCGCGAGAGACUGCUGCCGGAAAGAAGCGACGUCAAAAUCCAAUGUUACAAACGCUUAAAUUUGCUCGAUUGAGGAAUGUCGCCCGCCGAGUGAUAAAGAAGCUCCUCAAUAAGCAAAAAGACUUCCCCCGGUUUUUCCUCCAGCUAAAAGAUGCAAAAUGGCGCUGGCUACUGCUUAAAAGGGAAUUCAACUGGAACACAAUUAUUGAUGGAAAGGCAGCCAAAAUUUUCAUCGAAAACUGGUCAGGCGAUUGGAAAGCGAUGCCUCGCUUUAAGUAUAUCACCAAAAAUCGCCACUCUGAGGAUGCUGUGAGAAUAUUCGUCCGAACGAUCUUGGCUGCAACAAAGCUUGCGAAUGCAAGGGUGCAAUUAAUUGAUGUGCCUCGUUGUGACGUAGUAGUUGAGUGUGGAGAGCAUUGCAAAUGUGAUCCCAUAACUUGUCGUCAACGAGUGCUGCAGGAAGGGAGACAGAUACCGUUGGUGCUAUGGGAAAGGCGGCGAAGGAAAGGCUGGGGUCUUCGCACAAUUUUCAAAAUUCCAAAGAAUGUUUUUGUCGGUGAAUACGUCGGAGAGGUGAUCACUUUUGCGGAAGCCAAACGCGGAAACAAACACACAAAAUACCAAUUCAGUCUUUCGACGGCAAUCACAAAGCUCGACAACAAAUUCCUGGUGAUCGACGCCACAAGCCUCGGAAAUGAAACCAGAUUCAUAAAUCAUUCGUGCAAUCCAAAUUUGGUAGCGAAACUUGUGAUCACGAAUAAAUAUUCCGAACACGAUUUUCGGAUCGGUCUCUACUCCAUGCGUGAUAUUGAGCCGGGCGAGGAACUCACCCUUAACUACUAUCCUACAACCGUUAAGCCAAAGAACUCAAAGAAAGGAAGGACCAAAUGUUGGUGCGAUGAAAAGAAGUGUCGUGGUUGGCUCCCUGCAGCAAGCGAG